AAAGGAGAAAACAAAACGAUACAAAACGAAAUUAAACCAAACGAAACAAAACCAGGAACUUCUUAUCUCCGAAAGCAAAUUAUCUUUUUUAUUUAAUUUCGGGUUUUCCUCGCCCAUGCAGGUGACGAGGUUCCCAGCGGUCAAGCAGCUUAAAGGCGGCGGUGGCGGGGCAGGGUUCCAGCACUGAGUGACUGAGGAACCGGCGCGGGAGUCACCAAACUGGCCGUGUCGAGAGGUCGCCAGCUAGUCUACAAGAACACCCGAACACCCUCUUCAUCAUGCUUCUCUCUGUCUUAGUCGCCGUCCAGGUGGUGGCCGGCGCCAGGGCAGACGACGUGAACUUCCUGCUGUGGACCAGGAGUAACCCCGGCGACUUGCAGUUCCACACGCUGCUGCUCGGGGACGCCGACAACCUGGCCGCCGCGCCCCUCACGCCCUCCGACCCCACGGCGCUGCUCAUCCACGGCUACACCUCCAGCGGCUUCACCGGAUGGUCCCGCACGGCCAAGACAGAGCUGCUGAGUUACAGCCCCUACAACGUCAUCUCCGUUGACUGGGAGAGCCUUGCCGAGGGUCCCUGGUACCCCGGGGCCGUGCAGAACACUCAGGUGGUCGGGGAGCGCACGGCCCGCCUGCUGGAGUGGCUGCAGGAGGAGGCGGGGCUGGACACGACGCUGGUACAGGUAACAGGUCACUCCCUUGGGGCUCAUGUGUCCGGGGCCAUUGGUCAGCACCUUCAAGGCUUCCGCCUCCAAUAUAUCACGGGCAAGUGUGGCCUCGUUAAUACCUUCGUCAGGAGAUAGAUACAUAGAUAGAUAAAGAUAUAAUGUUGUAGCUGUUAUUGUUGUUAUUGCUGUGGCUGUUUUUUUUUUUUUUUUUUUUUACGUCUACACCUAUAGCACCGGUAGGCUUUUUUGAGGGGCCUGGAUGGUGUUCGGCUCCAGCCCGUCAUGGCACAGGCAAGUGUUUAUAGUGGCGCCAUCUUCUCUUGGCUCAUGCUGCCCCCCGAAACUCGUUCUUGAUUCACUUGGACGGUUUCCUCUAGAGUCCGGGUUGAUGGGUGGUCUUCAGGACAGCAUGUGGGUAGUUUUAAGCCACUCGGCGGUGACUAAAAAAUCCGAGGUGGUAGCGUGGGGAUUCGAACUCGCUUCGUCCAUCACGUGGUGAAUGUGGGCCCAGUACGCUACCACUCAGCCACCGCCUAUCAAUUCAAUUGUUGUUGUUGUUGCUGCUAUUGUUGUUAGUAUCAUUAUCAUUACUCGCCCCUGACCCCCACCCUGGGUAUGGCCGCAGGUCUGGACCCCGCGGGACCGCUCUUCCACAACGUCACCUCGGACUUCCGCCUCGACGCGUCCGAUGCUGAGUUCGUGCAAGUGAUCCACACCGACGCCUGCUCCAUCAUCGAGGUGAGUGCGCGCCGCGGCCUGCCGGGGUGGCUCGACGGGAGGGCAGACUAUAAUGAUGUUUGUAGACGUGUACUUAAGUGCAGUCAUAUUCAACUAGUAUGUACCACGUUGUGACUUGCGAC